CCUCCUUUUCAAAGCCUCUUCCUCUUGCUACCGAUGAUUUCGUAUUCGUCCAGCUCUUCUUCAUUAACCUCCCAAAACUUCGCCUCUUUAAUACCAAAAUCUAACUCAGCAGAGUCGCUCACAGACGCACUACGAAAGGCAGACAGUACCAGCCUCCGGCGGCUCGGGUCUCUAAUCGGCGUUGUUGAUGGUUAGGAUAAUGCUGCCGUCCGGAUGAUGGAACGGAUGAUGGAAUAUAUCUUCCCCCUCUCCGUAAUCCGGCUCCACUCAAGCAGGCCACUCUGGCCGUAUUUUCCAUCGUUCGCCACUCUACAGAAUCGGAACACGUUCCCGUCCGAUAUGAUUCCGUACACAGUCGAAUUCUCCUUUUUCUUCUCCUGGCAGGCUAUGUACGAUCCCGAGGUACGCAAUGAGCUGUGGGAGGGCAAAGUCGGUGCCGCCCCUACGCUUCGCCUCCACGACAACCAAGUUCAUUGCGAGAGCGUCGGAGGUGAAACUGUUGUAAAACAACGUAUAAUCGGCGUAGCCGGUCAGCAGCCUCUGCUCCCCUUUGUGAAUAACUUCGGCGCUUAA